AUCUAACACGUUACCAGAACUCCAUCCUGCACUUGCAAGCAAAAGGGUGGGUGGCCCAAAGCAGCGUGGUAAAGAUCAAAAGCCUUAUUAUAACAACCUUAUUUAACUUCUCUGACAUUCACAGCGUGUGCAGCUCUGAGUUUGCCAGCUGGCAGGCACUGUAGUAGAACAGAGACAAGAAAAGAAACAGCGUUAGUCCUGACUGCGUAUUUGGCGCGCAGGAUGUGAAAUGACAGCUCAGCUCUGACAGCCGUGCCCUCAUUCCCAAGAAGAAGCUUCUAAUUCGGCCUGUUAACACCAACCAGACAUCAGAAUUGCAGUUUAUCAUCCGAUUAACGUUAAUAAAGAAGAUAACCAGGUUAUCUGGCUCACCAAGCGGAGGAAUCCAAGUCAGGAGGACUCGGAUGACUCGUCACCAGUCACGAUCCUCUAAAUAUUAUUGGAAUGUGGCUGCGGUGCAAAAUGCACUUUUUCAGCGGCUCAGUUGCGGACAUCUAAUCGGAGCGUUUCCUGGAAAGGCUUCGGCAUGGCUCUGUCUGGGAAUGAGAUAGAAAGAUGGACUCCUGGGCAAGGCGGCCGAAUCGGAGAGCUGGUGGAGCCCGCGGCCUCCCCUGAUGGCAGUCGUCUGUCACCAGUGACGUCCCUUGGCAGCGCAGACCAGCUGCUGCACCUCCCUGGAAGAGCAGACUCUGCUUACAGCUCUUUCUCAGGGGGAUCAAACGUUCCGGAGUACCCCACCCCAUCGUGUUACGGUGAACACUGCUCUUUGCCUCCCGAGCAGGUACCGUACAUGGACUCAGAGUAUGUCAGGGGGAUUUAUAAUCUCAGCGCGGCAAACUCUGGUCUCAGAUGGCUGCAGCCACACAAGGCACCAGACCCGGGCAUCCGUGGCGCCCCUCACAGCGCUGGGCUCGCGGGGGGCUUUGGAAGCACUCCUUCCCCUGGGGCUCCCAGCCAGGGACCGCCGCCUCCGGCUGCACCGCCACCCUCUCCUCCCGUGCGACUCGACAGCUUCAGGGUCGCCAGACACCUUGAGAACACGAGAGGGAGACGUCACUUGGGAAGCCUCAGCGAGGGCAGUGCGCAGCCAGCGGAUGUGUCAUGGAGCCAGAACAGGGAUGAAAUCCCUGAGCCAGAUGCAGCGGCAGCCGGGAGAAAGACCGUGGAACACAAAGGUUGGUGGUCUGCUGGUCCUGCAGACGGGGUGUCUGUGUCAAAAGGUCCAGGGUUAAGGACAGUAGAAAAUGCAGAGAGGAGCCCAGCCCAAAAACCUGUGAAGAGAAGUAAUCCCCAUGUUUUCAGCAGGCCAUCUUCGUUCAUUUUCCAAGAGUAUUUAAGGACUGACUCUGUGGCUACUGUCUCUAAAAUUUUUUCUGCAUAUAAUUCAGCUCAUGCUCAUCAAAUUCCUGUCGAGAUGAACUCCAGGCCCUGUCGCCCAGGGCAUGCCAACCCUCGCCCUGUUAAUGAUACACAAGAAGACAAACAGUAUCCCUGCAGCGUGCGCAGGCCAAGUUUCAGAGAAGCAGAUCUGCGCAGCACGGUGCCAGAACCCAGCCAGUGGAGAGGGUCCUUGCUCUGCGCCCAGUGCCCGCUCCGUGCCGAGCUGCGUUCAGAGCCGGGUCGGGAUGUGUUUGAGGACAUUUGUGACUUUAAAUACAUGGAGCAUGCUCUAACUAAAAAUGCAUCCAGGAAGCUGAACAGUUGUACAGAUGAAAUUUGGUGCUACAACUACAAAGGAGAGCUCGGGAGUGGUGCUGGGGAACUGCUCCUGAAUCCCCAAGCCAACACCCAGAAGCCAUCGGUGUCCUGCAGCCACCAUGCUGCAGAGCCAGCUGAUGCCGACCAAGCAGCUUUGCUCAGACCAAAGGAGGAUUCCACAUCACAAUUUUUAAAUGAAGCCAGGAAAGAAAAACAAGCCAAUAACAGCAGUGCUGAGCUUAGCGUGCAUCUAGAGCAAGAGGAAGCUCCUGCUCCCUAUCAGAAAUAUCAGCCUGAACUUCAAGAGCAGCUCUCCAGAGAGCUGUGGGACGACCUUGCUGGUGAACAAAUAAGCAGACAGACGACUCCCAUGCUUUACUACCUCUCUGGGGGAAAAGCCACCAACAUCCUGCACCACCACAAGCUCGCCCAAUGUCAAGAGGGCUCCAGGAGCUCGCCGGAGGAGUUUCCAACAAGCAGCCACGCUCCCUCGGUGAGGAGUGGAGAGGAACAGAGGGAAAGCGGGCAGCGCCAGCCAGCCAGCCAGCACCACCAGCGUGCCGCUGCCGGGCUGAAUGAGACUGGAGGUGUCGUUCUCGGGAGUCCUGCUUCAUCCAUGGAUGAGAGUUUCAAGAAUGACUACAGAGAGAAACUUAAAGUGGCUCAGAAAAAGGUUCUGAGGGAAACCUCCUUUAAAAGAAAAGACUUGCAGAUGAGUUUGCCUGUUAGACUAAGACAGAAGCCCUCCAAGAGGCCUUCAAUCGAACACCUGAGAUCUUUCUCAUUAUCUGGUGCGCAUGAGGAAGCCAAACUCGCUCCUUGUUCCCCCUCUCAUCUAGAAUCCUUAGAAAGUUUCAACAGAGAUGGAGAAAUAAAAAGGCCACAAAGGGGUCAAACAGGGGGAAGGAAAAGGGAAACAAAAGAGGAAAAGAAACUGUGUUAUUCUGAGCCUGAGAAACUCGAUCAGCUCGCAGACAAGGAAGUCCCGUGGAACCAGGUCAGGGGGGAAAGGACUGAGCCGGGCACAGAGGCAGCCAGGAGAAAGACCCUGGAAAACAGAGGGAGGGCUCUUUCCAGCUCUGGUAUCUCCCGGACAGAACUGAAACAAAUCCAGCACACCGCACUUGUUGAAUACAUGGAACGGAAGAUUAGCCAAAGACCAGGAGGCACGCAGCUCGUCCCGCUGCAUAAGCCGCCCCUGCAGAAGAGGCCGUCGCUUCCUCAGUGGCCUCCUGGCAAGGCUUCCAACCCCAACGGGAGCAGGAAGAUGCACAGCGAUGAGGUUUUCUGCCAAGUGUUCUCUGAAGAACCGCCACCAGAUGUUUUCCUCCCCCCGAGUGUGGUCAGCAGAUGCAGCCCCGGCUCUGCCGCUGCUGGGCCGGUGCCCUCGGAGCCCAGCCCGUGUCCUGCAGCCGGUGGGAGCCGUGGCUCUGAGCAGGCACCGGCCGAAAGCCUCCCCGGGGCCGGUGCUCCUGCUGCUGCCCCGGCUGCCCAGAGGCCCGAGUCAACGCCUCCUGCUGCCCAGGAGGCGGAAGGAUGUGCCAGCGGUGCCAGCGGGGCCGUGUCACCGUCUCAGCCUCUUGAGAGCUGCCUCGGCACCCCCAGUUUCUGUGAUCGCGUGGGAGGUGGAUGCCAGAAUCACGAACAAGACAAUGACACAACUGAACACUCUUGUCAGGAUGCCGAGGAACUACCUCCUGAAACCUCUACUCCCAGCCCAAGACGCGGCACCAAAGAAGAUGCCCAGGUGGAAAAGGAAUGCCAAGCUGGAUCUCCGAAUGGCAGUGCUUUAACAAAGCGCCCAGAGCAGCAGCUAAAGGCAAGCGAUGCUGCAGUGCCUCAGGAGAAAGGAACAUGCUGCCACACGUCGCUGGCUCAGUCUCACCAAGGAGACAAAAACGCACCCAGAGGCUUAUUUGCGAAGGAAGCAGCCGUGCUCAACAGCCAGGAAGAUAUUUGGCAGGAGAGAGAGACCAAUCAGUCCAAAAGGAGGCUGUGGUCUGCUGAGGACCAGCGAUACGAGGAGCUUGCGAUGGAGAUUGUUGCCAAAGACAGAUCUCUGGUUGAUAUUCUCAUGCCUUGUCCGGUGAGAAAAACUGCUCUGGACCUGAUGGAAGGUCUUUUUCCUGUUGAUGUUUCCAUGCUGGAUAAAUCACACAGAAGAAAGGCAGAUGUACAGCACGUGCAGGGGAACGACAGGAAGAGCAAUGGAGAUGUGCCAGAAGAAUGUUCUGAACCUGAGCUCAAUGCCAAGCAAAGGAGUGACAGUCCCACUUGUAAGGGAAGCCAGGCCCCGAACCGGAGCGGAGAUGACACAAAGGACCUAGAUGACAUCACGUGUAAGAAGCUGGAACUCAUCUCCAGCCUGCGCUCCAAGCUGAGGGCACUGGGGGAGGACAGGGAGCUCGUCCUCUCGGAAGCCAGCGAGUGCGCUGCGCGUGGCAAGGAGCUGGAGGCCACGGUGCGCGACGUCUGCAAGCCCAACGAGUUUGAGCGCUACCUGAUGUUCAUCGGUGACCUGGAGAAGGUGGUGAGCCUCCUGCUCUGCUUGUCCAGCCGCCUCGCCCGGGUGCAAAACGCCAUGAGGAAGAUUGACGGCAAUACAGAUGCCGAGGAGAAGCAAUCGCUGAACGAACGGCACAAGCUCUUGUCUAGACAGCGGGAAGAUGCAAAAGACCUGAAAGAAAACCUGGACCGCAGGGGCAGAGUGGUCUCUGGCAUCCUCACCAAAUACCUGACGGAGCAGCAGCUCCAGGACUACAGGCGCUUUGUGCAGGAGAAGACCUCCUUGCUGAUCGAACAGAAGGACCUCGAAGAGCAGAUCAAAUUUUUCGAAGAACAGUUAGAAAAUCUCGAGAAGAGCGUCCCCCUCUAAUACCCUAACGGACCGUCCGUGUUUGUACCUGGUCAUUUGUGACGUUUCCCUGGGAAUCCGUGCACGCUGACCGCCCUGGGCUCACGCUGAUGGCCUGUGUGAUGCUGUGAGUGCCCCAGGACCGACAAGUGCCUAGAGGCUCAGGCACACUCUAGGCACACUUUCCCCCUUGGACAGGCCAAGCGACAAAAUCCUGCAGAGAGUAGCAGGCUGCGUUCUGGGAAUGACUGCCAGGAUGUCUCGUUCCUCUAAAUUUGUCAUGUAUUUCCCCUUGUCGUCUGUCCGUCUGUUUCCAGAGUGACAUAACUGCAAUAAAAGAGCAGCACGAGUCUGCACCUCGUGGGUGGGUGAGUGUUGGAAACGGAAACAGUGCAGGUGUGCAAAUCGGAGCUGCGACUGAACAAAACCAUAGGGCACGCUACGGGCCGUUUCGGUGAAACUCCUGCACUUGUUCCUACUGCUUAUGUACGUGACACAGUAAAAAUACAUUGCUGGAAGAAGAUAGUAACUCUCUUAGUAGUUGCCUUCCACGAGUACCUCCUGGCUCUGCGCAGCCCAGGUGGGCUGUUCAGUAGCAGGUC